AGAUUUAGCAUCUACCACCGGCACUCAAAAAGAGAUCCAGGACCUUGGCAUUUUGAUUGAUUUGCAAAUGCUUAUCUUCAUUCAAUUUACUGCGUAGGCAAAAAAUCUGUGCCUGAUGGUGGGAUUUUAGUUAUUUUAAUUGUUGUUGUUUUUUCCUGAGACUUCUAUAAAAGACUCUGAAAAUUAAUAGUAGUGCUGUCUGAGCCGGUCAGUGCAGAGAGGAAAGGGGGAAAAGAUCUAAUGGAUCCCGAGAGAGUAAGGAACUAGGAAAGAAGUGAGGGGAGUGGGAGAAAAGAGACCAUAAAAUUCAACGAGCUAUCGGAUCCCAAAGCAAAGCAGGGGUGUUGAUGGGCGCAGAAGAGGGAAAUGAAAACUGAACAAGAUAUAUUGUAAACAAUUCAUAUUCAUAAAAAAGAUUUGCAGCUUUCCAGGCAAAUUAGAAAAGGGGAUUUAAGACAAAUUAUAUUGUUAGCUGAAUCUGACUCACCUCGUGAUGAUAAAUAGCCGGGCCAAAUAUUAAGGGGAGAGGGAACAGUUAAAAGAAAGAUGGAAAAUUAAUCUGGCUUCUACAGAUCUACAGUCAUGAGGAGGGUGCUAUUAAUCUAACUACCUGAUCUCUCAGAGAGUCUCAUAUUGCAGAACUUACUUUUGGGAAAUCACCGUACUUCUUUGAAUCCUAGUCAAUGGGGAAGAAUAGCACUGACCGUAGCAGCUUUGUGAACAGAUCUUUUCUGGAGAGCACCAGACUCUUUGAGCCAAAGGAUGGAGACGGCAACCAGACUAUCCUCCACACCCGAGACGAAGAACUCGCCAAGGCUGAGAUUGGGGUCCUGGCAGCCAUCCUGGUGGUGACCCUGGUGGGGAACCUGGGCGUCCUUCUGGCCAUGUACCGGCUAAGGAAGAAGAUGAGCCGCAUGCACCUUUUCAUCCUGCACCUGGGCCUGACCGACCUCGGGGUGGCGCUCUUCCAGGUCCUCCCGCAAAUGAUCUGGGAGGUGACCUAUCGCUUCCAGGGGCCGGAUCCUCUUUGCAAGGCUGUCAAGUACCUGCAGGUGCUCAGCAUGUUUGCCUCCACCUACAUGCUCAUUGCUAUGACGCUGGACCGCUAUAUGGCGGUGUGCCACCCGCUGCGCACCCUGCAGCAGCCCAGCUGCCAGGCUUACCAGAUGAUCGGGGUCACUUGGCUGCUCAGCUGCCUGCUCAGCUUGCCUCAGAUCUUCAUCUUCUCUCUCAGAGAGGUGCAGCAAGGCUCUGGUGUGCUGGACUGCUGGGCGGAAUUCAAGUAUCCCUGGGGGGCUAAAGCCUACAUUACAUGGAUGACCUUGUGCGUCUUCGUGCUGCCCGUGGCCACCCUCACCGUCUGCUACAGCCUCAUUUGCCACAAGAUCUGCAAGAACCUUCGAGGGAAGACGCAGAGCUGCGGUCCCUGUCCUGCCCCUACGACUGCUGCUGCUAUUUCUUAUACAGCCACAGUUCCGAAGGGAGCAGAGUGCCAGUCUGGCUCCCGGGUCAGCAGCGUGCGCACCAUCUCGAGGGCAAAGAUCCGCACUGUGAAGAUGACCUUUGUCAUAGUGCUGGCCUACGUCGCUUGCUGGGCUCCCUUCUUCAGCAUGCAGAUGUGGUCGGUGUGGGACAGGAAUGCCCCGAAUGACGAGUCCAGCAAUGCAACUUACACCAUCACCAUGUUACUCGCCAGCCUCAGCAGCUGCUGCAACCCCUGGAUUUACAUGUUCUUCAGCGGACAUCUUGUUCAUGAUAUCAUGCACUUUUUCUCCUGCUGUGGGAACCUUCACUCCAACCUCAAGAGGCAAUUCUCCAAUGGCAGCCUCUGCAGUCGGAAAACCACUAUCUUGACUCACAGCCCACAGAGCACCCUGAUUGCGGCUGGUGCCGGUGUUCAGAUGCAACUGGAGAGCUUAAAAGAUUUCUACCAGCCCUAUGAGGAGGACACAGUGACUGAAUCAAGGGAACUCUAGAGUAUAAGCUUGGGCCACCAUAUGGUAGUUACUCUGUGCCAGGAGCUCUGAAUGGUAAUGGAGAGCAGGGAAACUUGAUGGUCUUAUCAUGUAUGGGACUUAAGUCUAUCUUUCCGCAAGAGCUUUGUUCUGCAGAAACUUCACAAAGAAUACCAGCAUCCCAUUUAUACUUACAUGUAAUAUAUUGUGGACUUCUAUGUAGUCCCUGUGAGAACACAGUUCUGAGCCAGGUAGAUCUCUGGUCAGAUCCAGCAAGGAUCUCCUUAUGUUCUUACCUGUCACUUUGGCUUUUCUAUCAGACCUGAGCCAUUUCUUUCUCAAGAAUGCUGGUUGCAAACAAGCUGCUCAGUGGUAAGCUGAUACCUUUCUGUGCUCCAGCUAUGGCUGCAUACACAGUAUGGCACAUUUGAA